UUUAAAACGAACGAUAUGAAAAGGCUAAGGGAGGCGAGUUUGGACUGCGCUGCAUCACAAUGAUUUCCCUACAUUUCCCAAACGCCGCGUCGUUCCGGCCAGCGCAAGUCUCCGGCGCCGGUCCCCGAAAUUACCAACAGCCCACCGAGUUUUUCGCUAGAAAGAAGUGCGUUUCGGUCUGUUUCGCCGGUAUUUCGGCGGAUUCGUCUCCGACUCAGCCCGGAAAGCCCGAAAUCGAGCUCGAAUUCAUCGGGCCGAAGCCGGGAAACGACGGGUCGUAUCCGGUGGAGAGCGCGAAGGCGAUAAGUGGAGAGAAGCUGCUGAGGGAUGUCAUGUCGGAUAACAAGGUCGAGCUCUACGCCACGUAUGGGAAACUGAUGAACUGUGGAGGUGGUGGAAGCUGUGGGACUUGUAUAGUUGAGAUUAUUGAUGGGAAGGAUCUUUUGAAUGAAAGAACAAAUACUGAACUCAAAUAUUUGAAGAAGAAACCGGAAUCUUGGAGACUUGCUUGUCAAACUAUAGUGGGAAAUAAGGAAAAUUCUGGCAAGGUUGUUGUUCAGAGGAUUCCCCAGUGGAAAAAGUAAUCGAUCGAGCAAUGGCGCCAUGUGACAUUGAUGAAUAUAAAUACGUAUAGCAAAUCGAGAAUUAUGAUGACGCUUCCUCCCUAAACUCACGGUAAUCACUUCGAAAUGCUUUAGAACAGAUUAAUAUGUAUAUCUCUCGCGUAUGUUAAUUGUUGUAAUACCAUCUGUAGACCACUUGAUGUUAAACAGGGGAUAAGAGUUAAUAUCUUGUCUUCAAAUUUCCUAGAAGUUAUCCAAAGGAACCAGAUAGUUCUUUGUUGUGCUGA